AUGCGCUCUUCCGUCGACGCCGCCGACGAGGCGUUAGCUCGUAUGGGCUACCAAAGCGAAUUACCUCGAAACCUGAGCAUGCUCAGUAUCCUCGGCCUAUCCUUCGCUAUCAUGGCCGCGCCCUAUGGACUCAGUACUACUCUCUAUAUCACUCUCGACGACGGUCUAUCAGUCACUAUCAUCUGGGGCUGGGUGUUCGUUACGCUCAUUUCUCUCGCCAUUGCCGCUUCUCUUGCUGAGAUAUGUGCAGUGUAUCCCACCGCUGGCGGUGUAUACUACUGGAGUGCAAUGCUAUCCACUCGCCGGUGGGCCCCGCUGAUGUCAUUCAUUGACGGAUGGCUCACCCUAGUCGGGAACUGGACCGUUACUCUAAGUAUCAUCUUUGGAGGCGGCCAAUUGAUUCUGAGUGCUAUCAAUCUGUGGAAUGAGGACUUUGUCGCUACGGCAUGGCAGACUGUUUUGAUGUUCUGGGCUGUUUUGCUCGUCUGCGUUCUUGUCAAUGUCUUCUGUUCACGCUGGCUUGAUGUGAUCAACAAGGUCUGCAUCUUCUGGACCGCUGCCAGUGUUAUUAUCAUUCUCAUCGUGCUCCUCACAAUGGCUGACGAUGGGCGGAAUUCGGGAGAAUUCGUCUUCGCUCACUAUGACGCUUCGGAGAGUGGUUGGCCCGCUGGCUGGGCUUUCUUCGUUGGCUUGCUGCAGGCGGCAUACACGCUGACGGGAUAUGGCAUGGUCGCCUCCAUGUGUGAGGAGGUCCAGAACCCCGAACGCGAAGUGCCCAAGGCUAUUGUGCUCUCCGUGGCAGCGGCAGGUGUCACCGGUCUUCUGUAUCUGAUCCCGGUCCUGUUUGUCAUGCCCAGCGAUGCUGCAGGCUUGAAGAUGCUCCGCAAUGUAGCGAGUGGACAACCGAUCGGAUCUAUUUUCAAGAUUGCUACCGGGUCCGCAGGGGGUGGAUUCGGACUUCUGUUCUUGAUUCUGGGAAUCAUGAUGUUUGCCGGCGUGGGUUCUCUCACGGCUGCUAGUCGAUGCACCUAUGCUUUCGCGCGCGAUGGUGCAAUUCCGGGAUUCAAGCUCUGGCGCCGCGUUAACAAAAAGCUGGAUGUGCCUGUCUGGUCGAUUAUCUUAUCGGCCAUUGUGAUUGGUCUUCUGGGACUGAUCUACUUUGGUUCAACGGCUGCAUUCAACUCCUUCACGGGUGUGGCUACGAUCUGCCUGUCCACGUCAUAUGGGCUGCCCAUUCUGAUCUCUAUGAUUCGGGGUCGCAAGGAUGUGCGGAAUUCGCGCUUUUCCCUGGGUGUGUUUGGUUAUGCUAUCAAUGCGAUCACGAUUGCUUGGAUUGUCUUGGCUGUAGUUCUCUUCUGCAUGCCAUAUACUCUUCCUACUACUGCCGCAUCGAUGAACUAUGCGAGUGUAGUAUUUGCUGGGUUCGCUGCUAUUAGCAUUGUUUGGUACUUUGCAUACGCGAGGAAGCAUUUCACUGGACCCCCUGUGUCUAAUGGAGACGACCAAGCUGCGGUAAUCUCCGGGUCUGCCGUGGAUUCGGAGAACGCGAUGGACAUUGACGUGAAGAAGAUUCCGAUCGAAUAA